GAAAACUCUUUCAAUUCCACCUAGAAGUUUCUCUUCCAUGAAUAUAUACACAUUGUCAAGCUCUUCUACUUUAGAGCCAUCAACAAAUAUGGGAUUGGGUGAAGAAGAGUUUACUGCCGCUGCUACUGUUGCUGCUGCUGCUGCUCCUCCACCUUAUUCUUUUGGUACAAAUGUUGACUACACAGUGGAUGACUGUCAUCAUUCAGUUGUAAAAGAUAAUAGAGUUGUUCGUGUGGAUGAAGUGAAUCAUCUCACCACUACUACUAAUAGUAUUGUCAGUGGACAAGGUUGUCCUGGUCCUAGUGCCAGACGACUCAUGCACAUGCAACAUCAGAAUGUUCCUGCAAAUCAAUCUGUUAGACAGAGACAAAGUUUUUGUUCUGGCACAAUGUUUAGUCCUACAAAUCAAUCAUCUCCAACACCUCAUACGGAUACGCUCUUAACAUCAUGUGAUGAUCGCUCGUCAAUUGACGGAAACCAAAUUCACAUUACACGGCCAAAUACCGACUCGGUCGCUUUAUCUUCAGUAAACACAACAAACUCACCAACCACUGUCACUUGCGAUCCAUCUCUAGGUCCCUCUUUAACUCGUAGCUUCAAGGACAUUCUACUGGGACGAAUACAUUCAAAUCAAGGCGGUGGUAGCACAUCCAGAUCAGCUAGUUAUCGUCGUAUUGUUCGUGCACGUUGGCAUCAUUCCACUGGGAG